CCGCCCACGGUCUACAACGUCAUCACGUGAGUCACGUUGGUGCUGGCGUGCUUGGGCUCGUUGCCGCAUCGCAAGCAACUGUGACAGUUUUCCUGACCGCAGCCAAAUAAUAUAUGAGCAGGGCGGUUGGAAAAGAAGGCCGCCAUGGUGCUGAACCCCGUCAUUUCCAAGCUCGCCGGGAAACUGGUUGUGCUGGCAAGUGCUUCUCCUAGGAGACUGGAGAUCCUCAGUAACGCGGGCCUGCGGUUCGAAGUGGUGCCAUCCUGGUUCAAAGAAACUCUUGACAAGGGUCUUUUCAAAGCACCUCACGAGUACGCUGUAGAGACGGCCAAGCAGAAGGCCCUGGAGGUGGCCAGGAGGAUGCCCUUUAAGCAUCUGAAGACUCCAGACAUGGUCAUUGGAGCCGACACUAUUGUGACUGUAGAUGGCAUGAUUCUGGAGAAGCCAGCGGACAAAGACGAUGCCUACAGGAUGCUGUCAAGCUUGAACGGCAAAGAGCACAGCGUGGUGACUGGUGUAGCUAUUGUCCUCUGCCAUGAGAAAGACAACGAAGAAGUGGAUUACCAGUCGAUUGAAUUCUAUGAAGAAACCAAGGUGAAGUUCGCUGAUCUCUCAGAUAAUAUGCUUUGGGAGUACAUCAAUAGCGGUGAACCCAUGGACAAGGCUGGAGGCUACGGUAUCCAGGCUCUCGGAGGGAUGCUGGUGGAGUACGUACACGGAGACUUCCUCAAUGUUGUGGGUUUCCCCCUUAACCGCUUCUGCAAGCAGCUCGACCACAUUUACAACCGGUGCGCGGCCUCAGAGAGCACGUUCCUCUGGCCGAGCCACGACGACACACACCACCACACUUCCUCUGCGCUCACCCUGCCAGCCCAGUCCACCCACGGCCCCGCCUCGCCCAGCAAGCGCAACGCCGCACCGGGCUCCGGACAGAACUCUUCAGCCGAUAAGCCCCAUGAGGUGGAAAGGAACGCUGGAGAAAAUGAAGCGGAUGGUCGUUCUUUGCCGUUGGCAAACAGUCCGUCUAAACACACCGAGGAUACACAGGCAAAUCUCAGAGACUGCGAGAAUGCAACCGUACCGCCAGUGACCAGCAGAGGGCGAGGGGUGGAGCUCAAUGUGAAAAAGCAGGACGCCAUUGAGCCUCAAAAAGAAGACUUGCAGCAAAUCGUCGAUCUGAUUGAUGGCUUCAAAGCCUCAAAGGCACUGUUCACGGCAUCGGAGCUGUGUGUGUUUGACCUGCUGCACAGCCGCCCUGGACUGGAUGCCGCGCAGGUGGCCCUGGAGAUCAAAGCCUCGGUGAAGGGCACGGAGCGCCUGCUGGAAGCCUGCGUGUCUCUGGGACUGUUAAAGAGCAAAGAGAGAACGGGCCGGAAGCCGGCGUUUGAGAACACGCGCCUGGCCGCUGGCUUCCUGCUGGCGGGCGCCCCGCGCUCGCUGCGCCCCUACAUCCGCUACUGCAACGCCGCCGUGUGGCCUCUCUUCUCCCACCUCGAGAGCGCUGUGAGCGAGGGGGCCAACCAGCGUGACGAGUUAUCUGGAAAGAACGCCACGGAUACGGUUCAGGACACUUCCUCGAGCAGUCAAGAAGUCAAACUGCGAUUCCUGGAUGCCAUGCACAGCAUUGCUGCAGUGACAGGACCAGCUGUAGCGACGGCCUUUGACCUCACCGGGUUUAAAACCGCUUGCGACCUCGGAGGAUGCACUGGGGCCAUCGCCCAUGAGCUCACCAAAGCGCAUCCCGGGCUGUCGGUCACAGUGUUUGACUUGCCGCCGGUGGUUGAGAUGAGCGAUCGUUUCCAUCCUUCGCACGCAGACCACCGGGUGUCGUUCCGAGCAGGAGACUUCUUUAAAGACGAGCUGCCCAAAGCAGACUUGUACGUCCUUACCAGGAUUCUCCAUGACUGGUCCGAUGAGAAAGUGCAUAUUCUGCUGAGUAAAGUCGCAGAUGUUUGCACACCAGGCUGCGGGCUCCUGCUCAGUGAGAUCUUCCUGGAUGAAGACCGCGGCGGGCCGAGGUGCUGCCUGCUGCACGGCCUCAACAUGAGCGAGGGGAGGCAGAGGAGCGCGGCGGAGUACGCUCUGCUCCUGGAGAGCCACGGCUUCACGGGGGCACGCGUCGCACACACGGACAGCAUCCUGGGGGCCAUGCUGUGCAUCAGGGCGUGACCGCUCAAGGCCUCGGGGGAAAUCCUGCGCGCUGUGGACCCCAAAUUGUCCUGCAGCAAGAGAGUGCGAGACAGAUGUGCGUCACGAAUGAGGCGGCCGGCCCCGGGUUCCCACAGACCACGGGCCCCGAGAUGUGCACGCCCGUCCAGUGCACGCGCUCCGCUUCCAGCGGCUCUUUGUGUACGAGAAACAACAGCAAACCUCCGCCAGGCCUUUUUCCCUUUUUCUGUUUUUUCUUCUUCUUCUUCCUUCUCUUCUAAUGAAAACCAUUCAAGUCAAUCAAGUUUUACCAGAGACCAAAGGCCGGCGUAAUUUAGGGAAAAUUGCUCGAAACUCCAAAGUAAUCUUGUGUAAUGCGAUCUUGCCCGUGGAGACAGUGGCCGUACUGUAACGUGUCGGAUAAGAGCUCCGUCCUGACGUCCACCUGCAAGCAAUCAUCGUUCUCCUGUUAAGGGCUUUGAUAUGAAAAUGAGUGAUUUAAGAGCGAGGAGAUAGCGACCUGAAAGCCCUUCCAUGUGUUGAUAGGGAGGAUAAGCUGGGUUUCGGGGGGGGGGGUUUGGACAGCCAGUGAACACACAUUUUGGCUUUGAGUCACAGCCACAGUGUUUUCUGUGAGAAAGCAGGACGUGGUUUGGACAAGAAUGAUGUAAUGACGGCCUGUUCCAUAAUGAAGAGGCCAGCGUUUGAUAAGGUUUAAUGAUAUGUGGACUUUGUUAUGACGGGGACUUGCACCUCAUUGCAACUUCUAGUUUCACCACUUGGGGGCAUCAUUGUCCCAAAGAAAAUAAAAGCUCCCCCCCGGAGGCUGAUUUAAUGAAACUACGUUGUUUGUUGACACUCUUACCAAAGUAACAGGACAAUUUUACCUCAGACAGUUUUUUUUUUUUUUUUUUUUUUGCAACUCCCUGUGUCAAACGAUUGAGUCUAAUAACAAAUAGUCUUGACGUUGCCAUGACUUGGGAAAGGAUCCACAGAAUGCAAAUGGUUGCAUGCAGAAUAACACACUCUCUAGAAUGUGUUAUAAAAUCAGUUGUUUCUCUGAACACUUUCUGCACCUGUUUUUCACAGAGCAGGUUGUGUUUAUCAAAGUCCACGCUCCGUCAACACACCACAUGGUGCUGCCUCCUCGGCCCACAUCUGAUCUCCGCAAACGCGCUGUUGUUCAAAGUGAGUUUUGCUUCAUUGAUUUGUUUCAAGGCAGAGGAAAAAACAACCCCGGGGCUUCUACCGGUUGGAAAUAACAAUGGAGUCCUUCUCUGCGGUUUGCAGCCUUUCUGGCCCGACAUCAGCAGUAGAACAUUUAACUGCUCGUUGGGGCUGUAGAGUUGGACUUUCUAGUGGAGAUGUUGGUCUCAGGUUGAUCAUAAAUUUGCAUUUGGUUUAUUUUUGCUUUUCUUGGUGAAAAUCCAUAUGAUUCAAACAUUUCUUCAUUUAUUUGACUUUUGGUGAUUUAUAGUAACCUAAUACUUCCACAGGUAUGGAAAUGAUCUGUUUUAUUUCUUCCCCGAGAGUUAGAAAAGAAGAAACAAUGCCGUUCUUAUAUUCUAGACACAAGAAUGUGCUUUGCAUAAAGACUGGAACCAAGGGGGGAAAUUGUAAAAGUCCAUUAGCACCUAUAUCUCACUAAUUGAAUAAGUGAAAAAAAAGAAGCAAGUUGUUGUUUUAGGGGGAAGUAUGUUUUGGAAUGAAUGUAAAAAGCAGUGACUUUCUGGAGUCUCUUCUCGUUGCCUGGCAACCUCAUGGUGACUACAGGAGUUACAGCAGGUGGUCCUCUGUAGAAAUCACAACUUAAAUACAACAUGCAAGUCUCUGAGGUGUUGAUGGCUGUAAUCCUGCAUGGACCGGACAGCGCAGGGAUGUCCGUUUCCUCUGGUCCCGGUCUCCAUGCUAAGCUAUGCCUAAUUUCAUCCUGCAGCAUCAAUCAUCUUUUAUCCUUUUUGGAAGGAAGCAAAUAAGCAUAUUGCUCCGAAACGCUUGAACAAUUUCUUCAAAGAAAAAUAUGAUUCACACGUGUUAAACGUCCAACUUUUGUUAAAGUUAAAGUGAACCCUUAAGAGAAUAACAGGGAUAUUAUUAUAGGCGCCCUCCCAAACUUUUAGACCUAUAGAAAACAGGUCGUGAUCAGCACAUGACCCGCUAAAGGCCAAUGGCAGUCGUGUUAACAAAUGGAAAUGUUUGUUACGGUCAAAUACGAGAGGCCGCCUCCCCUUCCUGUCUCCAUGUGAUGUGUGAGGUGCCACUCACGGAUACAGUAGGGGAGGAGACUGUGUGCUGCAAUGGUUGGUGACAGGGCUUUCAUCCGACCCACUGAGGGCCCUUUGUUGUUAUUUUGGGAGCUCUCGUGGGUGCAAUCUGAGAGAGCAGCAGACAGACGGGUCUCAUCGCUGCACGAGCGCAGCGCGCACACACACACACACACACACACACACACGCGCGCACUAGGAAGGAGUGCACGAGCACGCGCUAACAGGCACCUGCAUGUACCAAAAUAUUCAUAACGAUAUGCGCACUGUCGUGUCAAUCAAAUUGGAGGCUUUUUUGCAGGUAUUUGUGCACAUGGAAAAUCCAUUAAUUCUCAGUAAUGAAGACAUAAUUAGAAUAUUUCCAAACAGAAUAAUUAUUCGUCCCGUGUGCUGUACUACAAUUUGUUCUGAAGCAAUGGGGAAAAAUAAAAAGAAU